UCUCUCUCUCUCUCUCUCUCAGCUGUAUCUUCUCUGAUUAGCGGGACAGAAGUGAAUUAUUCUUUCUCAGAUGCAGUAUAUGCGCGCGAGUCCGAGGAAAUAAAAUGAAUAUUCAACACAGCCGUGGACUAAACAGCGCUAAAAAACAACCAAAUCAUCCUCUUUAAACAGACACGUCUGUGUUUUUGGAGCUUUAAGAACUUUUUUUUGUGGGAUUUACGGCUCAGUUUUGGAAUAACUUUGUUGGAUUUCACUGUCUACUGCAAAAACACAACCUUUCAGGAUGGGUGACGGACAAUGCUACUACAAUGAAACCAUAGCCUUCUUUUAUAAUCGCAGUGAGAAGUAUCUUGCCACAGAAUGGAAUGCAGUAAGCAAGCUGGUCAUGGGACUCGGGAUUACCGUAUGUAUUUUUAUCAUGCUCGCUAACUUGCUCGUGAUGGUGGCCAUCUAUAUCAACCGCCGAUUUCAUUUUCCAAUCUACUACCUAAUGGCUAACUUAGCGGCUGCUGACUUUUUUGCGGGACUUGCCUAUUUCUACUUGAUGUUCAACACGGGACCCAAUACAAGAAGGUUGACGGUCAGCACAUGGUUACUGCGGCAGGGCCUCAUCGAUACGAGCCUAACGGCCUCGGUCGCGAACUUGCUGGCUAUAGCCAUCGAGCGCCACAUCACUGUGUUCCGCAUGCAGCUCCACACCCGCAUGAGUAAUCGGCGAGUAGUCGUAGUUAUCGUAAUCAUCUGGACCAUGUCCAUAGUUAUGGGAGCCAUUCCUAGCGUGGGCUGGAACUGCAUCUGUGCCAUUGAGACCUGCUCCAACAUGGCACCUCUCUACAGCAACUCCUACCUGGGCUUCUGGGUGAUCUUUAACCUGGUCACAUUCGUGGUGAUGGUUGUUCUUUACGCUCACAUAUUCAUGUACGUACGCCAGCGGACCAUGAGGAUGUCCCGGCACAGUUCGGGUCAACGGCGCAACAGGGACACUAUGAUGAGCUUGCUGAAGACGGUCGCAAUUGUGUUGGGUGCCUUCAUUGUGUGCUGGACGCCUGGUUUGGUGCUCCUCUUGUUAGAUGUGGUGUGCGCUAAAUGCAAUGUCCUGACCUACGAGAAAUUCUUCCUGCUUUUAGCAGAAUUCAACUCUGCCAUGAACCCUAUCAUAUAUUCCUACCGGGACAAGGAGAUGAGCGUCACAUUCAAACAGAUCCUUUGCUGCCAACGGCAGGAGAACGUGAACGGUACGGCGGAGGGUUCAGACCGAUCGGCGUCCUCCAUCAACCAUACGGUCCUGAGCGGAGCUCACCAUAAUGACCAUUCAGUGGUCUGAGGUUCAACAGGGGCAAGGAUCCUCUUAGUUUAAGCAAGAAAGUGACUGUGAAGGUAUUUUCAUCAGCAAAAGACUUGUUUGUGCUUAUGAAGUUGUUUUUUCUGUCUUUACAAUGAUGUUUGACUCUAUUUAAAGGCUAAUCCAGAAGGGAUUUAACACAAAUUGUAUUUGUUUCUGUAAUGCCUUAAGGAUGAGGAGGUUUGAUUAGUAUUUAGGCUAGUUGUAAUUGUUGAUGAAACUGUUGUAAAUCAAGGUGUUACAUGAAUUGUCUUGUCUUGUACAGCAGUUGUUGAAGUGAAGGAUGUAGUGCCCAGUGAAUCUGCUUUGCUAAUUAAUAAGAAAUAGUGCACUUGAGGGACCACUGGGAAAUAAUAGUAGGUGAACUAUGCAAAGUACUGAAUGUUGGCUAGAUUUCUUUUGUUGUUGCAUAGUUUAUUUUGCACUGCAGGUUCAUCCUAUAAUGCCAUGUUCACCAAUAAAGCCAACAGAGUAUGUGCAUCCAAGCCUUGGUAGCUCUAAUUGAACAUAUGAAAUACUGAAGAAUAUAGUUUUUACUUACUUAUUCAUUUAGCUGACGCUUUUCAUUUAGCUGGAGCAACAAGGGGUUAAGUGUCUUGCUCAGGGACACAAUGGUGUGUCACAGUGGAUUCGAACCCAGGUCUCUCACACCAAAGGCGAGUGUCUUAUCCACUGCGCCAUCACCACCCCAUAUAGUCAUGUUAAAGUAUGGCAGGGUGCAAAAUUCAGGCCCCAAUCAAAAUGCUAACCCCUGUCUUUCACAUUAUGAUCACCUACAACCAGUACUUCACCUUUGGAGAAUCAAACCAUUGUAUUGAACAUUUAGGGGUGGUUUCCUGGACAGGGAUUAGCUCAGUUUAGUUAGGAACUAAAACUAGUUUAACAAACAUGCCUUACUAAAAACAUUACUUGUGUGCAUUUUGAGGCAAAACAAAGGGCACUGAUGUAUUUUAAGAUAAAUCAGUGCAAUUUGUUUUUAAUUUUAACAGCUCUUGCAUUUAUUUUAGUCUAGGACUAGUCUAAUCCCUUUCCGGGAAACCGCCCCAUAGACGUAGUUUGUCCAGAUAUCACAAAUGAACAUAAUUAUCAGUCAAACUGGAUGGCAAAUUGUAUUAACAAUUUGGGUAUUAUGAGAUUCUACACAACAUUUUCUAUAUUUAUAUGUAACUGUCCAUGUUAUAAUUGCUGAGCAGACCAAUUGUAAAAUUGCUAAUCUAGUUAAAGCUGCAAUCCGUAACUUUUGCCUCUCUAUCGCCAUCUCUGUUUGAAACACAACAUUGUAGGUUACUUUACAUGCUUACCUUUACGUUUGUUGAGAAACUACUGACAUUUCCUGCAAAAUCUGACCCGACAGCAAAACCAUAAAUCAUUAUUAUAAGCUUAACAUCAGAAAAAAGGUACAGUAACCAGACAGUUUUUAAUACUGAUAUGUUGUACUUGUCCAAUUACUGAUUUUUGUAACCAUGUAAAUAUUUUUAACUCUUUCCCCGCCAUUGACGAGUUAAGAGAAAACGCUUCCCUGCCAAUGCCGAGUAUUUACGGCUUUCCGCAAUACCGCUAUUACCCACCGGGUCUUUCGCAACUUAUGAAACCCGGAAGUAUCGCCCUUGGGCAAACAGCUAUAAGGUCCGUGUAAGUUUUGAGGAUCGCUCUGCAUCUGAUCUCUAUCAAAAGUCCUUCACAAAAAUUGUAUUAUCUCAGCUUUUUGCUCAAAAGUAUAUAUUUAAAGAAGAACAUUUUCUGGAAGGCAUUAAACUUUUGUGAAAAUCAUGAAAAAUGCUUGCGGGGAAAAGUUAAACAAAAAAGUUACUGAUUGCAUUUUAAAUAUAAGACCACAUACUGUACAUCAAGAAGCAAUAGUUUAAGAUAAAAAAAAAACAUUUUUAAAACUACACUUAUAAAUGUCCUGAUGGUUCUAGUUCAGAUAAGGGUUUCAAUUUCACACUAAAUACCCCUCAAAUGAAUUGUUCACCCCAAAACGAAAAUUAGCCCAUAUUUUACUCAACCAGAAGCCAUCCUAGGUGUAUAUAACUUUCUUCUUUCAGUUGAACACAGGCAGAGCUAUAUGAAACAACAAUAUCCUCUCUUUUCAGCUUUGUAAUCGAAUUGGAUAGUGCCCCUUAAAAAACUGCAUCCCUACGCCAGCCUUCCACCUGACCUCAGCUCUCUCAUAAACGCAAUUACGGCUGUAGUUUAUAACAUUUGAAAUAGAAAUGUUUCUUCACAAAAAACAUCACUUUUCCUAUGAAGACUUUUUUUCACAGUUUGUGGAAGUGUAAAAUGGGGCACCAUCUAAUGCCAUUAUAAAGCUGAAAGAGCAUGGACUAAUUUUCAUUUUUGGGUGAACUAUUUCUUUAAAUGACCUAAAGCCCAGUAUAUAGACCAUAUAUGAAUUUACUCAACAUGAUGUUCCAUACACAAACACAUGUUAUUGUUUAAUUGCUUAUGUAAUUUACAACAGUUGAAAACAGGGAACAAUAUUGUGCCUUAAAGAGAGGUUGGGUCCCUGUUUCAACACGAGCUUCACGUGUGAGGCUAUUUAAUGUUUUGUAAUGUGUUUUCAGGGAUUUAGAAUCAAUCCUUAAAACCUUUUUUAUUCAAAGGUUAAUCGGGUUGCAUUUGAUGCCACUGUGUUAAAACACAAUAAAUAAAAUUAUAGUACAAACUAAGAUAACAAACAUCAGACUAUUUUAAAGGACAUCCAAUUCGUGGUCAUGAAACUGGCUCUUCAUUGUAAUGGCAUAACAAACUAUGUGUCAUGACCAUAAGUCAGAAAACAAAUAAUCAUGCUGAAAGAAUAAAAAAAAUUUGAAUGGUUAAACAUGGCAGAAAUUAAAUUAUCGAAGAGUAUCUGUACUUUAUAUAUCAGUGUAUGUAUGUAUGUAUAUAAUAUGUGUAUAUAUUCAUAUAUGUUAGACAAAAAGGGAAUGUUUAUUGUUUAAAGCUAAAACAUUUGAACCAAUGUAUAGGUGAGGUAUAGACUUUUUCUUCUAAAUCUAAUUGAAACUAAUUGAAUGUGUCAGUGCUCUAUACCAAAAGGAUUUGGACAUCUCUCUUAAAAAUAUCUGUAUUGUCUUUUCACUAGAUAAUAAAAUAUCAAACCAAGUGGCAUUUAUUUUACAGAAAGACAAAUCGCAAAAGCACAGUUUUUAAACAGAACAUUACACAAAAAAUGUCUGUUCACCGUAAUAGCUGUUUGAUAAAAACUCCAGUAUCAAUUUUUUGCCAGUUGCUUUGGUAUUUUGUCAUCUAAAACAAUAGCAUUUACAGUACAUGUUUUCUAAUGUGACUUAUGCAGAUAUGUUUUGGUAAACUGUAGAAAAGUCCAAUAUUCAUAAUGCAUAAUGUUGUUUCAAAGAGUGGAAACAUUGUAGCAAAAUUAUACUAUAGAAUUUUGAAUUCUUUUGAUUGAUCCUAUCAACAAUAACAUUUUUGACUGAAAUAGUAUUAUGUGUAAUGAAUGAUCUCUCCACUAUAAUGAGAUGGAAAUUUAGAGAGGGAUAAAUGAGGGACUUUUUGCUGAGAAACUUUUUUUAUUAUACCUAUCAGUAUUAAAAAUUGUCAUACAACAGUAAAUACUAACACUGUCAAAGGUUUUAUGGUAAAACUACGUGGCUUGGAGUUUUUAUGCAAUUUGUCUUACCAGAAAAACAACCUGUAAAACCUCUUGUUAAUGUUUUGUUACAGGCACCCAAUGGUCUAACGUUAUUCACUCUGUUGUGAAAGUUCACAGGCCAUCCAAAAAAGACAGCUGUGCAUGACAGCUCAUUGGCCAUUGGUUCAUUCAAGGUUGAAAAAGCAAUGCAUUUCCUCAUCGUUUAAGGAAAUGCAACCAUAUUCAAAUUUAUUCUUGUUUUGGUUUGUUUCCUAAUGAUGUCUCUGUAUUCUGAAUUCUGUAUUCAGAAAUUUUGUAUGGUAACAUUCACUUAACCAUGUCAUGCAGUAAGUGAACCUUCUUAAAAUAAAUCUCCAUAUUCAUCAAA